ACUGUGGUUUUAUUUUAGGUUUUUUUUCAUUUUUUCAAAUUAAUAUUUUCCUUGAAAUUAAUAAUUUGAAAUAUUUUAUUUGCAGGUUUGAGUUUCUUGUGAGAAAACUGUGAUUUCAAUGAUGACGUCAUCAUAGCAGUAGUGCGUUUUUAUUUUGAAAGCGACUUGAUGAGAACGUUCAUGUUUGUGGGGAUGGGGGGACGCCACCUCUGACGCUCCCGCCCUCUCCCGUGAGACUCCGCCCCUCCCGGCUGUCCUCAGCUGCAGCUGUCAAUCAAGCGACAGCUGAAGGGGGACUCGAGCAAAUGCGCCCCCCUCCCCCACCCAAUCAUGGCUUCGCCCCUUACAGAGAAAUCGUUUUUUGUUUUUUUUUUUAAAGAAAUUUUAAAUGAAAGUAAGGUUGUCUUCUACAACAUUCUAGAACCUUUGUCACUGUUCUGUUCAGAGAGUGGUGACACACAUUCCCAGCAGCCCUCCUGAGUGACCCCCCCCCCCAGUGAGCUAUUGAUAGAACACGUCUGUUGCUUGUCAGUGUCAGACCUCCAGUCCGGUCCGGUCCAGCAGAAUCCUUCACGUUUCUCGUCUUCCUUGAAGCUUAAAGGUAACGUCUUUGUCUUCUUUUGGGCCUCAGCUGGUUCUGGUACCAUAGGGAGAUUUGGAGGGGGGGCGGACAUGGUGCUGCUUUGACCCACAAGCAAAGACUUUGGAUUGUGUGGACUACUGCUUGUCCCCAAAGAAAGACAGCGAGCGGCGGGGGAGGGGGGCCAAAGUGAAGCGGUACAACCGAAGAGGUUGUGUGACGUUUGAGGUCCUGUAGAACUUUUGUGUUGACUGAAACUUGAAUCCGCGCCAGCGGCGAUGAUAUCAUCGUGUGUGCACGUGUGUGUGCAUCUUCAUGGUAACUUGUGUCCCCCUCAUCAGGUCGCUCUGACAUCACACCUGGCUGACGUCACCCCCGCCCCCACACCCUUCAGCCCCUCCCAGCACGCAACAUGGCGCUGUCGUCACGCUUAAAACUAUGGGAGCAGAAGGCAGGUGUCACGUGAUGCACGUGCAUGAUGGACAGCUAAUGAUUAAGGAGGAGAAUCAGCCGGUGGUCGCGGCCGUCCCCCCGCCGCCGCUGUCUGCCCUUCCCGGAGGGUUCCUCAAGCAGCUGGUCCGAGAUUCCGAAAAGGAGACCAAGCAGAAGGAGCCGGAGGUCAAGGAGGAGAAGACCCAGCCCAGCAGGCUGAGCGACAACCUGGUGCAGCAGUUCCUGCUUCCAGAUCAGACUCCGCCCAUCCUGGAGGCCGAGAUGUCGCUGCGAGCCGAGCACAUGCUCAACAGCGGCCACGCCCCCCAGUGGUCUCCACGCCCGUCCUCAGCGCACAGGACCACUCCGACAAACACGGAAAGCCAACAGGAAGUCAAGCCUGAGCCGCCGAAGAAGAACAUGGCAAACACGAGCGAGGAGGCGGAGCCGAGGAAGGAGAGGCCAGAGGAGGCGAGGAAGGUGAAGGAGGUAAAGCAGGAAGUGAAGGAGGAACGUCAGGAACCUGAAGGAAGGCUAGCCGACGUCGCCGUGACGGAGGUGAAGGACGUGUGGUACGAGGCCGGCGCUGUUUGGUACGUGCACAAGGACGGCUUCACGCUCGCCACUCAGCUCAAGCCCGACGAAGGAACGCCGGAACUCCCACAAGGCCGAGUGAGACUCCGCCUCCAUGCAGACGGCUCGCUGCUCGAUGUCACUGAAGACGACGUCGAAAAGUGUAACCCCGCCCACCUGGACCUGUGCGACGACCUCAGUGACCUGCAGAGCGUCAACGAAAGCGGCGUGCUGCACACGCUAAUCAGUCGUGCUAAAGCCGGCAUGCCGCUAACGCACGCCGGACCCAACCUGGUCAACUUGUGGCCGCCAUUGCUUACGCACAGCAAGACUCCAAAGUCGCGGCGGGGGGAGUCCACAUGGGAAGCUCCUCCCGCUCUGGCUGCAAUGGUCAAACAGCUCUACGUGUCCGUGGUCGGAACCAGGCGGGACCACUGCGUGUGCGCUGUGGGUCGCAGCGGAACCGGAAAGACCACCGCGUGUCACGCCUUCACCCUCGCUCUGCUCAGGCAGGCCGGGACCGCUGGGCCCAACAUGAGCGUGGAGCGUGUUCAGGCCAUGUUCAGCGUGUUGAGGUCGUUCGGCUGCGUCACAUCUCCACACAGUGACUCCGCCUCUCGUUUCGCCAUGAUGUUCUCGGUAGACUUUAACCACGCAGGACGCGCCGCCGCCGGACACCUGCAGACGAUGAUGCUGGACAAAUGGCGAGUGUGUCACAUGACCGGUGGCGAGAGCAACUUCCUGGUGUUCUCUCAGAUGCUAGCAGGCCUCAGCACAGACAUGAGGACGGAGCUGCAGCUCCAUCAGCUUCCUGAAUGUCACUCCUUUGGCAUGACUCCUCCCACCAAGGUGGAGGAGAAGCAGCGAGCUUCUGUCGGCUUCACCAAGCUGCUGGUCGCCAUGGAAACACUGGGCUUCACCGCCAGCGAGCAGAAGGCCAUCUGGCAUGUCCUCGCCGCCAUUUACCAUCUGGGGGUGGCGGGGGCUUGCAAAGUGGGGAGGAGACAGUUUGUGAACUUCGAGAGCGCUCAGGCAGCCAGUGGCGCACUGGGAUGCGAGGGGGAGGAGCUUAACACGGCCGUCUUCAAACAUCACCUGCGCCAGCUGCUGCAGCGAGCCACCGGGGGCAGCAGAGAGCGCAGCGCAGCUGGCGAGUCCGAGGAAGGCCCUCGGCUGACGGCGACUCAGUGCGUAGACGGGAUGGCGGCCGGCCUCUACGAAGAACUCUUCGGCGCCAUCGUCUCCCUGAUCAACAGAGCUCUGAGCGGCCAGCAGCUGGCGCUGGCGUCCGUGACGGUGGUGGACACGCCGGGCCUGAGGAACCCUCGCCACGCGUCCGAGGAGCGAGCGGGCAACUGGAGCGAAUUUUGUCACAACUACCUGCAAGAACGCCUUCUAGAACAUCACUACACGCACACAUUCACACACACGCUGGAGCGCUACGCACAGGAGAAGGUUCCGGUGGCGUUCGAGUGUCCAGAGAUCAGCCCUGCUGACGUCGUGUCUGCCAUCGACCAGCCGCCUCCGCAGGUGCGGGCAGCAGAGGGCGCUCCCCGGGGGCUUCUGUGGGUCCUGGAUGAGGAAAUGACGACUCCGGCUUCCAAUGAGGGCACGGCCCUGCAGCGCGUGUGCCAGUACUUCAACCAGACGGUACGUCAGUGCGAGCAGCCGUUGCAGUGCGAGGUGGGACACCUGGCAGGCUGCGACCCGGUACGCUACGACCUGACGGGAUGGUUCUCGCUGGUCCAGAACAAUCCGUCCACUCUCAAUGCCGUCGGGCUUCUCCAGAACUCGUCCGUAGCGGCGGUGAAGGCGAUGUUCACACCCGCCGUCAGCGUGCCGCCGCUGUGCCGCGGCCUGAGCGGGCUAGAUGGCGCCAGUCAGCGCUCGCUGCAAAGGAGCGCCACCAUUAGGAAGACGCUCAGCGGGGGGGUGGCCGCCGUGCGCAGGCACUCGCCGUGCAUCGCCAUCAAACUGCAGGCCGACGCCCUCGUCAACGUGAUCCGGCGCGCCCGACCCGUUUUCCUGCAGUGUGUUAGCACCAAGAUGGACGCCAGCGGCGCCCUCAAAAUGGCGACGCUGCGAGCACAGCUCCGCUCGAUGCAGACGCUGCCAGCGCUGCAGCUGUACCGCACAGGUUACCCUGAUCACAUGACCCUCAGCGACUUCAGGUGUCACUUCCAGGCCUUGUCUCCACCCAUCAUGAAGCGCUACGCCUCUAUGUUUGUCCGCCAUGAUGAGACGAAGGCGGUGGACGAGCUGCUGGCCGACUUGGACUUGGACCCCAAGAGCAUCGUGGUCGCCGCCGGUCGGGUGUUCAUGAGGCGCGGCGUGCUGAGACACCUGGAGAGCCAACGCGACCUGCAGGUCAGCGGCUGGCUGGUCCACCUGCAGGCCGCCUGCGUGGGACACCUGGCCCGGCAGAAGUACCGCACGCUCAAGGUGCAGCACAUGGCCGUGCGCUGUCUUCAGAGGAACCUUCGAGUUCUGCGUCUGGCAGGUGAGUGGCGCUGGUGGCGGCUCUUCUGCCGCGUGCGCCCCCUGCUGGACGUCAACAUGGACAACGAGAGGCUGCGCGCCAAAGAGGAUGAAGUGUCGGCGCUGAAACGACGUCUUGACAAGUCGGAGAAGGAAAGAAACGAGUUGAGACAGACGGUGGACGCCUGCAACACCAAACUGACGGCGGUGACCUCGGAGCUUAGCGAUGAGCGUUUCCGUGGCGACGCGGUGGGUCAGGCUCUGGAUGUGGAAAGAGCGGAGAGACUUCGUCUCACCAAGGAGAACAAGGAGCUGCAGAUACGUCUGGACCAGUGCAAGAUUGCCAUGGAAACACUGGAGAGACAUCUGGAGGAGGAGCGGCAGAAGGCUCACAACCUGGAGAGUAAACGAGUUGGAGGAACAGAGAGCGAGCUGGCCAUGCAGCUGGAAUGUUGCCAGACGGAGGUGGACUUUGUUCGCAGGCGACUGAAGCAGACGGAGGACAAGGUGGAGGCGGAGCGUGAGACGCGUCAGCAGCUGGACAACAAAGUGGCAGCGCUGCAGGCCCAGCUGGACCAGUCCAAAAAGAACGUGACCGAACUCAAACGACACUGUCGCCGCGUGACGUCUGAGCUCCAGGACGCACGAGUCCUCACUGACAGCCUUCAGAACCGAAUGCACGAACUGGACCGCAAACAGAGACGCUUUGACGGCGAGCUCACGCACGCGUUGGAGGAAGUUGACAACGAGCGAGAGAUGAAGGACAAAACUUUGCAGGAGAACGCCACGCUGGGGGCGGAGUUAUUCACGCUGCGCCGCCGCCUCCAGGAGAGCCAGGCUGAAGCAGGUCGCUUACAGAAGCAGAAGGACGAAUUGUGCGCUCAGAUCCGUGACCUCAGCAUUCCCGUGGAUCUGGCCGGCGACUCCCUCCCUGACCUGAAGAAACAGCUCCGCCUCCUGGAGGGCGUGGCCGGCGAGCGGGCCGAAGAGGUGUCCCAAUUAAACGCCAGAGUGCAACAGCAGCAACAGGUGCACGUGCGCUUUGAGCUGGAGCUCGAGCGCAUGAAGCAGAUCCACCAGAAGGAGCUGGAGGACAAAGACGAGGAGCUGGAAGAUGUCCACAAGUCUUCGCAGAGGCGGCUACGUCAGCUGGAGAUGCAGCUGGAGCAGGAAUAUGAGGAGAAGCAGAUGGUCAUCCAUGACAAACAUGACCUGGAGGGACUGGUCGCCACACUGUGUGACCAGGUGGGCCACCGAGACUUUGAUGUGGAGAAGAAGUUGAGACGAGACUUGAAGCGGACGCACGCUCUCCUGGCCGAUGCCCAGCUGCUGCUGGCCACCCUCCAAAGUGGUGGGCGGAGCCCCGCGGACGCCACCAAAGACCAGUUGGAGCGUCUCCACUGGCAGCUGGAGGACAGCGAGACACAGCGGCGUGAGGCCGAGAGCGCCCUGGCGACCUUGACGCAGCAGCUGGACGACGCACAGAUGGAAGUGGACAACAUGUGCAAGCAGAAGUGUCUGUUGGACGAGCAGCUGUCCCUCCUCCAGCAUGAGAAAGUGGACCUGCUGAAGCGCUUGGAGGAGGACCAGGAGGACCUGGAGGAGCUCAUGAGGAAGCACAAAGCGCUCAUCCAGCAGUCGUCCAAUGACAUCUGUCGCAUCAAAGAACUGGAGGCGGAGCUUGAGGAGGUCAAGAAGGAGAGACACACCCUCCGUGAGGAGCUCCAGCAGCAAGCGUCCAGGCUGCACUUCCUGGAGUCGUCCACUGUGGGGCGCAGCAUCGUCAGCAAACAGGAAGCGCGCGUCUGCGACCUGGAAAACAAACUGGAGUUCCAAAGAGGACAAGUCAAGAGGUUUGAGGUCCUCGUGCUGCGUUUGCGGGACAGCGUGGUGCGUCUCGGCGAGGAGCUGGAGCAGAGCGCCCAGGCAGAGGCUCGGGAGCGCGAGAACGCUCGCUACUUCCAGCAGCGUCUGCAGGACGUCCGCGUGGAGAUGGAGGAGUUGAGUCAGCGCGAGCAGGACAGCAGCCGGCGCCGCAUGGAGCUGGAAAUGCAGGUGCAGGAGCUGACGGCCAUCAGGCAGACAUUACAAGCCGAUCUGGAAACUUCCAUCAAGCGCAUCGUUGACCUGCAGGCCGCCCUGGAGGAGGUGGAGUCAAGUGAUGACAGCGACACUGAGAGGGACUCUGCGUCCAGCGUGGGAACGGAAGACGUCGGCGAGGGAGUGCGUGGUUGGCGUGGAGCAUCGAGAGGAAGUUCUCGUGGCGGAGGAUCUCCCUGCAGCAGCAGUGCCCUCAGCGGCCAGGGGGGGCGGCAGUCAGCUGCGGCCAGCAGCAGCACGUACAGUUUCCGCUCCUGUGUGGAUCCGGAUGAAGACGACCUGGAGGCGGGAGGUUCUCGAGGUCUGGGACGGGCGCCGUCUUCCUCUGCGCUGUCGGAGCUUCUGGAAGGACUUCGCAAGCGGCGAGCGGGCAGCGAAGCGGGAGCGGGUAGCACCGUGUCACUUCCUGUUUACCAAACAACAGCAGCUUCCGCUCUUCGCCGUCGAGCCUCGGCACUCUCUCUCGCGCCCGACGACCUUCCGGAGGCUCGACCCGGCAUCCUCAAGCCGUCCUCGCCGCUCCUUCCUCGCGCUGCAGGCGACUCUCUGACGGCGCCCCGCUUCAACUCCUGCGACUCACUGACGCCCCUCCCCUCGCUGCCACGCCUCUCGUCUUUGGCGUCCUCACACGUCGUCUGCCAAGGCCCUCCCUCCCUGUCCAUCCCAGAGGAGGACGACACAGAUGUCGCCUCGCGUGCUGUCAUGGCUUUACGGCGCUCCCCGCAGACGCCUCGCCGCUGUGCAUUGGCUAGUCCGGUCUCGGAGGACCCAGGCGAAGGCCGCCUGGGUUCCGAGCCUGUCGUCUUCCAGAACCGUCGCCUCGCUGGUGAGCGGGACGACAUGUCCGACAUCCUUCCCGCCAUCCGCAGAGCUCAGUCCACCAGCAGCCUGGCCGGGUCUGUGCGGGGGGGCAGGAGGGCGCUGAGUGUCCAUUUUGGAGAGCUGCCCCCCUCUACCCGCCAGCGCAGCUCUGAAACCGAGUCGUCCAGCUCAGGCGGUUCAGGAAGUUCAGAGGUCACGCGGGCCAGAAGGCGACUCGAGCGGCCGCAGGGAGAACGACUGGAAGCCGAGGGCAGCGAGGGCGGAGACGUGUCCUCUGUCAUGAGGAAGUACCUCAGGAAGGAAGUGGACUGAAGCAGCGCCAGGUGACGCCCCACACGCAUCAUUAGCUACGUUAGCAUCAUCAGCAUCAUUGACCUCAUUAGUUACAUUAACCUCGUGAGCUCUAUUAGCUGCAUUAGCGUCAUUUCCUAGCUUAACUACAUUAGCAUCAUGAGUCACAUUAGUGGCAUUUUUAUUAGCCUCAUUAGCCACAUUUACCUCAUUAGCAUCAUUAUAGCCGCCAACUAGCAGCAUUAGCAGCUACAUGACCUUGUGACCUCCUGUUUUUCUUCCUCCAUUAGCAUGUUAGCAUGGUUAGCAUCAGAAAGUUCAUCCAUCAGAGCCAACAAGCAAGUCUGCCACGUUGUUUUGGAAUAAAGAAGCAAAAACACUCUA